UUUGACUUAAAACUUACACAAGAAAUCAAUCAAAAAUGGAUAAAAACAAGUAUAUCUAAACUGGGUUCUUAAACGCAUCUAAAAGUUUUGAACUGAGCUGAAGCCUAUGACAACACAAUGCUAUGCCCUGCAGCAUGUUUCUGCCCAAUAGAGGGCACUGAAGUCAUCACUAACUGCAGUAAUAAGGGCCUGGCUACAGUACCAACCAUGAUUGACACAAAUACAACAAUUCUUGAUUUGAGUGGGAAUAAUUUGGAGACAUUGGGUACAUCCUUAGAUGACAUCACAAGUCUAGUAUCCCUGGAUGUACGCAGAAAUCCACUAUUAAACAACCUGCCGAAUAUUUACCAUCUGAACAACCUCAACGCCAUCUAUACUGACUAUGGUGCCUCCUGCUGUAUUUUAGAAAUGACAAUAAAAGCAUUAAAAGGUAUAAAUGGGCAACAAUGGGCCAAAGAGAUCUGUAAAGCCACUGAUCCUUAUAGUAAAGGGGAGUGCAGGGAACACCUGUUAGAUGUUGGCACCAUUGGUCUGUAUGGUUUAGUGAUCAUCAUUUCCAUCAUUCUAAACACUUGGGUUGCAUUUGUGAUCUAUGGUAUCAGAGAGAGGAGGGCAGACCCUGCCACAUUCAUCCUGGGCCAGUUCCCAUUCUCCAACCUACUGAUGACCAUCUAUGCCACCACUAUGUUCAUCCACAGUAUCAUGUACUAUGGCAAUUAUCACCACCACAUAGACCACUGGCUCAACAACAGCCUUUGUACAUUCAUAGGCUACUUAUUUAUCACAUCAAACUUAAUGUCGACGUUUGUGUACUUUUUGAUCAUACUGGACAUGUUUUUGAAGAUUGCCUUCCCGUUAUAUGAGCACCGGCACCUGACUGGGAAGAACUUGUACAUAGCUGUAGGAAUGUCUUGGGUCUUGGCACUAGGUAUAGCUAGUAUGCCACUCAUGGGACUGGCUGAGUACAAUGCCAUCAGUAUGUGCAUCCCUAUAUAUGCAGGCCGUCAACUAGGGAUCAAAGACAACGACUACGUAGCAUUCCAUGUGGCUGUGAUAUGCACAGCAUUUGUAUUAAUAGUACUUCUGCUUGUUUUGAUGCUACGUUCUGUUAAACGUAGCCAGACAUCUCAGACGAUCUCAUCGGAGAAUCAGAAACUGAGCCGUAAUGUUACAUACCUUAUAACAGGGUAUAUCAUCCUCUGGUGUACGAUUAUAACAUGUAUGAUUAUGAGUGUUAUCGGAGGAGGGACUGGUUACACAGGGAGGGUGGCAUUCUCCAGGGUCUGUGUUUUCGAUACAUUUACUAAUGUGUUCCUGUAUAUUGCAACCAAGAAACAGUUUAAAGUGGACAGUAAAAAGUUAUGCAAUCAGUUGAGUCAGAUAUGUGGCUACAGAUCACGCAAGGUUGCCCCUGGACAUAAUAUGACUAUCAUUACAAUAACGGCAUCUACUCCACAGCAUCACAACCCUACUGCGGGUACUAAUAAAAAUGCAAAUUCAUGAGGACUUUACCCUUUCGUGUCUCUGAUCAGAGUUCUAUUAAAAAGAAACAUUUGGGUGUUUUGUAAAGGUGACACAGACCUAUUUCAAUAUGGUGGACAAUAAAGUAACAUUUUCAUUUCAUCAAGUGGAGUAAUGCUUGUAGGAUAAUUUUGACUCCAGUUUUUUGAAGGCAAAAUUAAAAUAGGUCAUAAGAGAUUUGACAAUUUGAGCAAAUCAUGGCUUCUACUCCAUUGAAAGAGUUCACCUUAUUAAAAUGGUACAACAUUACAUUUUUACCCCAGAACCUGAAAGACGUGGCUAGA